AUGCAAAGGAACGAGCUACAGAACAAGGUUUUGUCUAAAAUCUCGAAAAAGACGUUGGAAACACUGAAUGAUGAAAUCAACAAGAAAAAAUUGCCUCUUUGGGGAUUAGCAAAAGAUCAAAAUUUUGAAAACGAUUGUCUGCUUAUUGCGCUUUAUCAUGAUUUAUUCGGGGUUGGCUAUCACAAAAUUGAGUCUGAAGUUUUAUCUUUUUUGAAAAUAUCAGCAAAAUCAAUUAGACACAAUACCAAAAUUAUUAGACAAUCUAUUCAGGAUUGGUGUGAUGCACAAAUUGUCCUCGGUAGCUGCAGUGAUUGGAAUCAGGCAGCCCAAAUGUUGGGGAAAACAGAAAAAAAGAUUGAGAUUAAUUUAUGGAUCAACAGCUCCGAUUUCAAAAAAACACAACCCGAGAAUGCUUCUAAGAAAAGCGAUGAAUAUUCCUACAAAGAAGAUCAUUUUGCCAAUCGGUUCACAUGUUUUUCGGAUGCCAAUGGACGAAUUCGAAAACUCUACGGAGCGUAUAGUCCAAAAGUUGAAGACAGUGCCUUUAUGACGCUCAUGAAAGAUGAAAUCGAAACUUCAAUGGAAGGUGCUGUUAUGCUUGGUGAUUGUGGAUACGAAUCUGUUGUCAGCAAGUUCAGAAAAAUCAACAUUGUCACACCCAAGUCAAAACAAAAAGACGGAAGAGGAAUCAGAAAAUUGACGCAAAAACAAAAAGCUCGAAAUAAGUUGCUAAAAUCAAUAAGAUCGAGAGUGGAAUGUCCAUUGGGUGAUAUUAAGCUAACGUGGAAAUCGUUGUCAUCCUGUUUCACGGAAGACGAUACUCAACACAGUUACGUAGUCAAGAUGGCAGUCGCAAUUAGAAACUUUCAGAUCAAAGAAUAG